CGGCGGCGGCGGCGGCGGCGAUGCUGCUCAAGCUGCUGCAGAGGCAGACCUACACCUGCCUGUCGCACAGGUACGGCCUCUACCUGUGCUUCGGGGGCGUCGUCCUCAUGAUCGUCUCCGCCUUCCAGUUUGGAGAGGUUGUUCUGGAAUGGAGCCGGGACCAAUAUCAUGUUCUAUUUGAUUCAUAUAGAGAUAACAUUGCUGGAAAGUCUUUUCAGAAUAGGCUCUGUUUGCCCAUGCCCAUUGAUGUGGUUUAUACCUGGGUAAAUGGCACUGAUGUUGAACUGCUUAAAGAACUGCGGCAGGUGAGAGAACAGAUGGAAGAAGAGCAGAAAGCAAUGAGAGAAAUUCUUGGGAAGAACUCCACAGAACCCACAAAGAAAAGUGAGAAGCAGUUAGAAUGUUUGCUAACACACUGCAUCAAAGUACCCAUGCUCAUACUUGACCCCGCCUUGCCUGUCAACAUCAGCCUGAAGGAGUUGCCAUCCAUUUAUCCUUCUUUGCAGUCUGCUAGUGACAUAUUCUAUGUUGCAAAACCCAAAAAUCCAUCAAGUAAUGUUUCUGUCGUCGUUUUUGACAGUCAGAAGGAAGUUGAAGAUGCCCAGGCUGGAAUGUCAAAAGGAGUCAGCAAACAGUCUGUGUGGAGAGCCUACCUGACAACAGAUAAAGAAGUCCCUGGCCUGGUGCUCAUGCGUGACUUGGCUUUCCUCAGUGGAUUUCCACCGACAUUCAAGGAAACUGAGCAGCUGAGAGCAAAGCUUCCAGAAAACCUAGCCUCCAAAAUAACACUGUUGCAGUUGUAUUCAGAAGCCAGCGUGGCUCUUCUCAAAUUGAAUAACCCCAGAGGUUUCCAGGAACUGAAUAAGCAAGCUAAGAAGAACAUGACCAUUGAGGGAAAAGAGCUGACUCUCAGUCCUGCCUAUUUGUUAUGGGAUCUCAGUGCCAUCAGUCAGUCCAAACAGGACGAAGAUAUCUCUGCCAGUCGUUUUGAAGACAAUGAAGAGCUGAGAUAUUCUCUGAGGUCCGUAGAGAAGCACGCUCCCUGGGUGAGAAAUAUCUUCAUCGUAACCAAUGGGCAGAUUCCUUCCUGGCUGAAUCUUGAUAAUCCUCGGAUUACUAUAGUAACACAUCAGGAGGUGUUUCGGAAUUUAAGUCACUUGCCUACUUUUAGCUCCCCUGCUAUUGAAAGUCACAUCCAUCGGAUUGAAGGGCUGUCGCAGAAAUUUAUUUACUUAAAUGAUGAUGUGAUGUUUGGGAAGGAUGUCUGGCCAGAUGAUUUUUAUAGUCACUCCAAAGGUCAGAAGGUUUAUUUGACUUGGCCUGUUCCCAACUGUGCUGAGGGCUGCCCUGGUUCCUGGAUUAAAGAUGGUUACUGUGAUAAGGCUUGUAAUAACUCUGCAUGUGAUUGGGAUGGAGGAGACUGCAUUGGGAACAGUGGCAGCAGUCGAUAUCCUGCUGGAGGGGGUGGCCACGGCGGCGGGGCGGUUGGACCUCCAUGGCACUUUGGUGGUGGAAUUAGUGGUAUCUCUUACUGUAACCAAGGAUGUGCUAAUUCUUGGCUUGCCGAUAAGUUCUGUGAUCAGGCAUGCAAUGUGUUGUCUUGUGGAUUUGACGCUGGUGAUUGUGGACAAGAUCAUUUUGAUGAAUUAUACAAGGUGACUCUCAUCCCGAACCAGACUCACUACGUUAUCCCCAAGGGCGAAUGUCUCCCCUAUUUCAGCUUUGCUGAGAUAGCCAAAAGAGGAAUUGAGGGUGCCUACAGUGACAGUCCAGUCAUCCGCCAUGCCUCUGUGGCCAACAAGUGGAAGACCAUCCACCUCAUACUGCACAGUGGCAUGAAUGCCACCGUUAUACAUUUCAACCUCACAUUUCAAAAUCAAAACAACCAGGAGUUCAAAAUGCAGAUCACGGUGGAAGUAGACACUAGGGAGGAGCCGAAGUCCAAUAUUACCACCCAGAAGCCUCAUUCCAGUUUGGCUAGUCCUACUACACCUCUGCCAGAGGCAGAAAUCCUAUUUGAAGAUGUUCCAGAAGAAAAACGCUUCCCAAAGUACAAGAAACCUGCAGAGGACGUUCAGGAAACUAUAAAAAUGCCCCUUGUAAAUAUUUCUGAACUCCCCAAAGAAGUCCAAUUGAGUCUGAAGAAGCUGGAUGUAAAGCUGGAGGCUGGGGACAUUACUUUGAAGGGAUAUAACCUGUCCAAGUCAGCCCUGUUGAAACCGUUUCUGAAAGGUGCCACUCAGGUCAUCGAAGUGACACUUGUAAAAAGGGAAAAGGACAGGAGUCUGCAAGACCCAGUGAAAAGCGAGCGUCCCCCUGAUCUCCCCAAAGAAAAUUCAGAAAAUGCCCACAAUGCAAAGGGAACGGGCCUCUUAACUGCAGGGGCUGGCAGACUGGCUGAGGGGCUUCGGGAUCACACGCUCCCUGAGGACAGGGCCCAAGCUGUUUCGGCCGCUCAGAAAGUGGAAGGCCGUGCCGGCUUCAGAGGAAUGGCCUCUGUCCAGGACAAGGAGCUUGUGGGGAAGGUCAGGGAGGGAGGAGGAGGAGGGUCACAGGAAGCUCAUGCUGCCGACGGCGAAACAGGCCAUGGUGCAGGAGUACCAGGAAGAAAGCUUCAGGAAUAUGCUGGGAGCUACGCAGGUUUCUUGCCUUGGGAAAAAAGGAAGUAUUUCCAAGAUCUUCUGGAGGAAGAAGAAUCACUAAAGAAACAGUUGUCAUACUUUACAGAAAGCAAAUAUGUUGGAAGACAACUCAAAGAUACAUUUGCCGAUUCUCUCCGAUAUGUAAAUAAAAUUCUAAAUAGCAAGUUUGGAUUUACAUCUCGGAAAGUCCCUGCCCAUAUGCCUCAUAUGAUUGACCGCAUUGUUAUGCAAGAACUGCAGGAUAUGUUUCCUGAAGAAUUUGACAAGACUUCAGUUCACAAAGUGCGCCACUCCGAAGACAUGCAGUUUGCCUUUUCAUACUUCUACUAUCUCAUGAGUGCACUGCAACCGCUGAACAUUGCUCAAGUUUUUGAUGAAGUUGAUACUGACCACUCUGGCAUCUUGUCAGACAGGGAGAUUCGGACGUUAGCUACGAGGAUUCAUGACCUGCCUUUAAGCUUGCAGGAUUUGACAGGCCUGGAGCACAUGUUAAUAAAUUGUUCUAAAAUGCUCCCUACUAACGUCACUCUGAUAAACAACAUCCCUCCAACCCAAGAAGCUUAUUAUGACCCUAACCUGCCACCAGUGACUAAAAGUCUAGUAACCAACUGUAAACCAGUAACUGAUAAAAUCCAUAAAGCAUAUAAAGACAAAAACAAAUAUAGGUUUGAAAUCAUGGGAGAAGAGGAAAUUGCUUUCAAAAUGAUUCGCACCAAUGUUUCUCAUGUGGUUGGCCAAUUAGAUGACAUAAGAAAAAAUCCCAGGAAAUUUGUUUGCCUGAAUGACAAUAUUGAUCACAAUCAUAAAGAUGCGCAGACAGUAAAAGCAGUGCUAAGAGAUUUUUAUGAGUCCAUGUUUCCCCAGCCAUCCCAGUUUGAGCUACCACGAGAAUAUCGGAAUCGUUUCCUUCAUAUGCAUGAGCUCCAGGAAUGGAGAACAUAUAGAGAUAAAUUAAAAUUUUGGACCCAUUGUGUACUUGUAACAUUGAUCAUGUUUACUGUAUUCUCAUUUUUUGCUGAGCAGCUAAUUGCCCUCAAACGGAAGAUUUUUCCCAGAAGGAGGAUCCACAAAGAAGUUGGUACCGAACGUCUCGGAGUGUAGGAGGUGACACAAGAGCCGCCGUCGUGUUCACUCAAUGAGAAGGGUUUCUUUGUGAUGUGAUGUGGUGUGAUGUGAUGCAUCGUGGUCCAGGCCUGACAAAUGAAGAAUAAUAUCCCUGAAGAUGACAAGCUGUGGACACAAAGUGGACAUGCAGACCGGCCGAGUUGUUUAAUGGACACCCUGAAACAUACUGGUUGUGUUGGGCGACCCUCUGCUGGAAUUUCACUUUGGAAGCAUUAGCUCAUGGACAUGUUAUCCUUUUUAUAAAAAGGGUUACUGAAAGAGAGACAGCUGCCUUUAUCGCAGUGCACAUUGCCAAGUCAAUUUAAUAUCGGAAUCUCAGGCCAAGGAGCAAAUAGUUACUAAGUGGCUGCCCUCAGCCUUGGUAUUCCAAAGCAUUCUGCUGUUCUCUUGCUGGGAUGCUUUUUUCAUUUUCCAUUUUAAAAUAAGUAACAACCAAAUUAACUCGUUUAGCUGUUCUUGUGUCUGAACUGUGAUGCCGAAACUUAUUGGUGAAUGUAUUUAAACACAGUCUCAUAUUGGGAGGAUCAAAAAAAAAAUUUGGAUUUGAAGAAAGUUAGUGCGAUUUGGCCUCGGAAGAUCUCAACCACUGACAUCUGAAAUCCCUUGGUCUGGGCCCCCUAGGAAUGCAAGGAUUGGGUUUGGAGGCCUUUGCCCAAAGGGCUAUUGACCAAGCCUGCUGGUGUUGUGGAAACAGUGUAAAACACAAACAAAAGUGCCUCACUGUAGAAAUUAGUGAUACUGUCCUUUAACACAGUAGCAGGUGGUACCAAGGGCCACAUAUUGAGCAUCUUUCUAAGUAUGGGCAUGCUCUCACACAGCAUCAUGUUAUGACUUCUAUAGAACUAUAGAAGACUUGGGAGGAAAAGCUUUUCACGCUGACAUUCUGACAUGUACUUUAAAUCACAGUCACAGCAGUAUUCUUUCAAAAAUACUAAUCAUUUUGUAAUAAUUGUAUAAUUUGGAAUGUACAGAAUAUGUUUGUGCUAUCACUGUGUGGUUAAAAGGCUCACUUGAAAAAAUGUCGCUUGUCUGAUGCUUUUUGCCCUUACAUUUUAAACAAACUUUAUAAAGUUUUUCUAGACUAGUUCAUUAUCACUGAAUAUUCAGCACCAUUUAAAUAAGUGUAUUUAUCAAAAGAAGAGAAGAUGCUCAUGAGGAGUGGGAGGGGAGAUCGCUCUGUUCUAGAAGAGAAAUGCUACCCAAGAUUUCUGGGGGAAGAAUAAUUUUCACUUACAUACUUUUACAUAAAUACUUUCAGGCUUUCUGCCAGUUAGCAAGUAUGUAUGUAUAUAUGUGUAAUAAAAAAAAACCAGACAUGCACACACAUUUUAGGUUCUAACUUAUAUUUUAGACUUAAUACUUAUUUAACAUUCAUUGUUUCUCUCCCUCCUUUCACUCCUCCCAUAACAUCUUCCACACCCCUAUUGAGAAGGCAAGCCAUAUGAUAGCCAUUUUAUGUGCGAAGUCAUGUCAAACAUAGUGCCAUAUUAGCCAUGUCAACAAGUAUAUCUUAAGUAUACUUACUGUUCUCCGGGUAUUAUACUGGAUUCUGGAAAUACAAGCACAAUGAAAUAUCCCUAGUGUAAAGAGGUUUGAUAAUAUCCUAAUUUAAGUAACUUAGCACAUACAUUAAAAACUCCCAUUUUACAGAUUUGGAAACCAACCUUUAACUUUUGCUCAAGUUUAUACAUCUGAUAAAUAGAAGAACUAGUCUUUGAACUUUAGUUGCUAUAAUUUAAUGUUCUUUCAGCUCUCGGAGCCUCUCUGGUCUAUGCAUAAAUAGAGGCAUAAUGGUAAUAAUAAAUUAUAAUAAUUUGUGUUGGAAAAUGCUAUGGGAGAAGAAGUCUGACUCAGGAAUAGAGGUCUGAACUAGAAAUUAUCAGCAUUUUCUUUCACUUUUGUAGAUAGUUGGGAGGAGAGGAACAUGAGAGUGUUUUGGUUUGGUUUUCUACCACACCAUUCUCAGUGUCCCCCAUAGACUUUUGGUCAUGCUUUGGGUUUUAAAACUAGAAGCUCUUCUUGUAGAUACACUUGCUUGGUUCUUUACUGAAUUUGCCUAUCAAGAUAAAUAUGUGGAUUCAAAAUUCAUAAUAAUUGAAACAGGACUGAACAGGUUUUACUUGUACCCAAUUGUUUUUAAAGAAAGAUUUAACUGAACUGUUACUGUUUGAUCAAGAUUGCAAGGAAAAUAAAUCUCUACAUCAAAGCACUUUGAAAAUACUGAUUCUCAAGAAGCUAUACUCAGUAGCAUUUGACUAGUUUAGUUAUAAUUAUAAAUGUUCAAAUGGCAUUUUUUUAACCUUUAUCGUUUAAAUAUUCCACUAACUCAGAUGAUCCCCAGUAACUUGAAAUCAUCAAAAGAAAUUUUAUUCCACAAUACGUGAAACUACAGUGUAGAUUAUGUCCCUCAUGUU